CGGUCUGUGUAUGCGCGCACGCGCGCGGAUGCAUUUGUGCAUGCGUGCGUGCACGUGCGUGCGCACCGCCUCCUCCCGGUCGCUCGGCCUUGUGUGUGCUACUGCGUGUGUGUUUGGUGAUUCUCUCUCUCUCUCACACACACACACGCACACACACAAAAUCCCGGCACGGCGGGGCCCACGCUGGGUAGGAAGCGAGCGCGUGUGAAGCAGUUGGUCGCAUGUUACGAGCGAUCCCUACCUGCCCUAGGAGUUUUACUAUAUCGUCUCUCGUCUAUUUAUACGACGACCAUACGCGACUCUCUUCCCUCCUUUCUUCCCGCACUCCUCUUGCGUUUUUCUUCCUCCGUCGUUCCUCUCUCUCUCUUUCUUCCUCCUCCUCUUCCUCUCUUUGGCAUGCAUUAAUUCCUUUCCCCACUCCUUCGUCCCUCUGGUAUAUCGGUUCCUUUCUUUUUCCCCCAACUCUUAUGCUCACUUACCUCCCACCUCGGAUAUACACACGCACACUUUUGCUUUCUCCUACAUCUUCUCCUUCCCUUUCCCGCUUCCCCGCCUUUCCCCUCCUCGCGAGAGCACAUCUUUCUCUCCUCCACCUCCACCUCCACCUCCACUUUCCGUCUCUUUGCCCCCGUAACGAGUUACAUCCACAAGUUGGUCGAGUCCGAGCAGAGUCGUGUCUCGGCGAUUCUAUUCCCUCUCUCUCUCUCUCUCUCUCUUACUUUUUGUCUCACGGGGCUUUUGUCUCUCUUCACCGUUGUACUCUUAUGUACACGCGGAAUGCGCCGCCAGGAAUUCUCUCCCACAAUGGAUUUAUCGUGUUAGUGAGAGCAGCUUGAAUGUGUGCGUUUCCCGGCGGUCUCCCGAGAGAAAGGGAGAAGGUACGGACGGACGAACGGAGGAGCGAGCGAACAAUAGUUGGAAGGAGCGUGUAUACGCGCGGGACUUGACUCCGAGAGCGAGAGCGCCCAGCGACCAGCGACCAUCGCAAAGUCGAGCCGAGUCGAGUCGAGUCAAGAUGGAGCUGCUAAACGCGUCGAGACCGCACGGAUCCGACACUACGUUUCUUCUUUAACGCCAACAUUUGCUUCGUUCUCGCCGCGUAAAAUCGCCUGUGUUCUCACCGGAAUAUUAUAAUUUCUAACCUCGAAAAAAGGACGUGCGGGGACGUUUAUGCGCUGUCAAUUCAGACGAUUCUGUCUUAUCGUCUGAAUACAAUUCUGUCUUCGGGCUAUCUUUACGCCGAAUCCCCCGCAGUUUCAUCAUCAAAGUGCCAUUGUGUUUCGUUUGUUUCUCCAUGGAACGAUCGUGAUAUCGGUUUUAAAAGUGUUUUCUCUCUCUCUCUCUCGCUCUUUUAUUUAUAUCGCAAGUGUCGCGCGUGAUUUUCAUGUUCGUAGUUUGGUACCGGACCAGUUUGCAUUUUUGUCAAAAUUGCAUUUGCGGCAAUGUAUCGAUUUCAUUUUGAUGCAGGGUUCGAUGUAUUAUUGGUAUCGCGAUGAUAUCGUAAAUAAUCGCUCUUGUAUAUAACGUGCGCGUAGCGUUACUCUAUUUCUCUCUCUCUCUUUUUUUUCUUUUCCUUUCUUCGUAACGAGAUUACGCCGGUUCUCCAUAGUGCAUCUUCGCAGACUGGUACACAGCAGUGUGAUGGUUCAUUCGAGUGCGUCGGCGAUUACACUCUCUUUCUCGCUCUCACGUUGUGGGUGUAUAUGUGUGUAUGUGCACAGUAAUGCCUUUGCGCGGUGCGAUUGAUCACGCUGCGGCGAGACCGUCGUCAUCGUCUAAAUGGAAAGUGCACUCGUGGUGUACGGGAUGCAAUUGAGCGAUGAAAUGGUGGUGCUCUUCUCCACGCUGCACGCCACGCCAGCUGUGGGCGGAUUUACCGAUCUCGGAAUUGUCAGCUCGCUCUGUCAUUUUCGACGUUGCCCCAGACGAUGAGAUAUUCAGUGGAGACGCGAAACAAUUAAAGAGGAGACGACGACGACGACGAGUGUUUGCCUAAAAAGAGAAUUUUCGGAAGAGGAUGCUCGGCAGUUGGGGCUGGAAAGAAGAAUUGGAGUUGGGAGUGGGUACGACAGCCACGUUGCAAGAGAAACAGAGAAGAGAGAGCCCAGACUCGACGCAUCCUGUUCCUGACAGCCGGGUGCUGAGGUAUGCACCCAGCCGGUGUCACCACCCUCCCAGCUCGCCACAUUUCAGCACGCAGCCUCCUCUCGACUGUACAGACUCGUGAGGUGGCCAAAAUGCUGACUGCUCACCCUGAGAUGCACGAGAAGCGGGACAGCCUCGGUGGCGGACAAUAUGGAGCAGGCGGGGGUGGUGGCGGCGCUUCGAUUGAAGAGAAAUCUAUUCCGGAACAACCACCCCCGCCUCCUGUACCGCCGCAACGAGACCUGUCGGACCCCACUAUCAGCGCUAAAAAGCUUCCGAAGAAACGAAAGUUCGAUCCAUCCGAACUCGAGGAGAUGGACAAGACCAGCAAUGUCACCAGCAACAUCACCAGCAACAUAAUUAACAUACGCGCGCCGGCAAUGCCGCUUGGCAGCCAGCCGGCUGCUUUAGGUCAACAAUCGAGCUUACCAACUAUUAUCAACCGGCAGUCACCACAUGAGCCCGAUUGUUAUCAGGUAUCCUCCGCUCAUUCGGUAGUAGUGUUACCUCCUCAAAGCAUAGCGGUAGAUUACUCUCUUCGCGAAGAACCUUUACGGUCUCGUCCUCGACUUGCUAUUGAUCUCAGUGAGUGGCGCGACCAUAGAGUGUUAGCUUUAAGGGAUUCAUAUUAUUAUCCGGGCGUUAUACGUAAUGUUAUUCACGGUGAGAUUUUCAUCGAGUUCGACGGCGAGAGGAAAUUGGUGCGUUACAGUGACGUUCUGGGCGGGAGACGAUAUGACGUGAUAGGCGAUGCAAGCCCAUCUUUGGGACAGGUGACUUUGGAUACAAAGGUUUGCAUCAGGUGUCCGAUCGCGAACAGUCACGUGGACGUGACCAAAGUGUUUGUAAAGGGGACAGUGUGCAAGAUAUUAACGAAGCCUAAUCGUUUUGUUGUGAAAAUAUCGCGGGAAGACGAUCAGAGUGAAAGCUAUGUUGUGAAACGCGCGGACCUGCGGCUAGUACAACCUCCAUGGGCCGACGAGUUGGAGGAAGGUCUGGAAGAUUGUGAUCCUUCGAGGGUUGAGACGAUUGAACAUGGAUAUCGCAAUACCACGGAAGCUCCAACAGCAGUGCCAAUUUUGCUCCAUCAUACUUCUCAUCACACGUCGCAUAUGUCAACUCAUAACGACACGAGCUAUUAUAGAACCACCGGUACCAGCCCUCUCAUGACUUUAGGCACUUCUGCACAUUCUGCCACAGCGUUAAGCAACGGCAGCCGGCCGUACGACGAUUUAGAAAGCGAGGAUGAUUUAGAUAGGGAAGACAUUACAUUUCCCUCGGAUGCAGAUGCAAAAUUGUCAGGAAGCAGCAAAAGAAGCAGUAUGCAAAGUCGAGGAAGUACCAGUAGCCUAGUUGAACAACGUAGUAUAACGCCUCGUUCUCAGGCAGCCACACCCAGAUCUCAGGCGGCAACGCCACAUAGGUAUAAAAAGGGUGAUGUAGUGGUUACACCAAGCGGAAUUAGAAAGAAAUUUAAUGGGAAACAAUGGCGUAGGCUCUGCAGUAAGAAGGAAUGUAACAAAGAGAGCCAACGAAGAGGAUAUUGUUCCCGUCAUCUUAGUUUAAAAGGAUCUGGUCUUAGAGGUCCGACAAACACAUUUCCUGGUAGUAAAAUGGAUGGCGAAGAGACAUCGAGAGAUUCCGAUACUUCGCCAAACUAUGGUGACAGAAGAAUAGCUGGUAGAUUCGAUCAAGAUGAAACUGAAGCUGCUAAUAUGCUCGUGUCUUUGGGAAGCUCCAGAUCGGCUACGCCAGCUUUCUCGUCACCAACGGGCCAGUCUUCUAUAUCUCCAUGUAUAAACCAGUCGCCGGUACCACCGUUGGGACUCAAUCAGAACAAUGUAUUUAUGCCUAUCUCGAGUCCGGCUCAUCAUGCGACUCCGCUGAUUUCACCCGGCGCUAAAUGGAAGCACUCGCCCACGCAGUCGAACUUUUUAGUUCAGUAUCCGCAACAAGUGAUAAAACCCGAACCGAAUCGAGUAGUCAGAUCGAAUCGAGUGGCUCCCGUCCCCACCAGUAUAGGAACGAGUGUGAUAAGAAUCUCUCCGGUGAAUCGCAGCAUGCAACCUGGACAGAAUCUGGCUCUGUCAUGGUCAGAGCAGAGCCCACCGCCGACGAGACAUCCCUCGGUGGUGACGUCAACAAUCGCUCAGCAGCAACAACAGAGCAUAAUCUUACAGCACGCGCUAACGUCAAGCGCUAACGAUUUUCACGCCAAUCACGCCGAGAUGCCUGAACAAAGUUCGCAGUUGAUAAAACACUCACCGCAUUCGCCCCAUAUGCCUCUACCCGCUACUUCUAUGCCGCAAAAUUUGACGCUCAUACACAACAAACCACUGGAGCAGCCGGUCGAUUACGCACAACCGCCGCCCCAGGGCCCGCCGAUCUAUGUAAUGCAGCACGAGAAAAAAUAUCUCGUGAUAAAGAACAGCAUGGACAUGUCAGCAGCGUCGGCGGGUACGCACAUGAGCAAUCAGGAUGACAAGUAUCGGCAGAGCUUGAUAAAUCAUUUAGGUCAACUAUCGACAUCCACGUUGCAUCAAGUUCAGUGUCAACAGCCACCUCAAUCACAUGCUGUUUCAUCCGUCCACAUUGACAAACUGUCCGUUCUGCAACCUAUGAAUAAAGUGGGCGCGCAUACGACCCUGCAUAUGGACAUGCAGAGAAAUCAACCACCACCUACGAAUGCUGUAAUGACUACCUCUACCACCGAGACAUCUAUUAAUACAUCUACUCCGACGAGUGUCUUCCAGCAUGUAAUUGUUCAGCAGAUUCCAAAGACGCAACCCGCCAGAGAGGAGAAUGCGAAAAACAAUGGUAUCCUCUAUGGCAGCCAUGAAGUUCCUCCUGCAUAUCAGCCCCAUACUCCAUCAUUACUGAAUAAUGCAGCGCAGAGCUGGAAGCUUAAAAAAGCUUUUUCCUGGCAGACGGCAGUUUUGGAACAAUCAGAGGUGAGCCCUCCUCCCUCUGCUCUCAGCCCACCCUUGAGUGCACCUCCGAUUCCAAUCAGUAUGAGCACACCUGCUGAAGAUGGCCCUGGCCCUGGUUCAGAUCCUAUAACACCUGCCGAAGAGGAAGACGAUGACGUUUUUGAAACGGAACCGACCCCAACUGCGGAAGUGGAAGCCAACGCUAAUAAGAGACGCAGUCAAUCGCUCAGUGCUUUGCAAUCGCAGACUCCGCUGAAAGCUAAAGAGAGAAUACGACGGCCCAUGAACGCUUUUAUGAUUUUUUCGAAACGACAUCGCGCCCUCGUACAUCAACGUCAUCCGAAUCAAGAUAAUCGCACGGUAUCCAAAAUACUAGGAGAGUGGUGGUACGCGUUGGGACCAGAUGAGAAACAAAAAUAUCACGAGCUCGCCUCGGAAGUGAAGGAAGCGCAUUUUAAGGCGCAUCCGGAUUGGAAGUGGUGUAGUAAAGACCGACGGAAAUCAUCGACGACCAGUUUCAAAGGAAACGAAGUCGGAAGGGCAAAAUUGAAUAGUACAGGGGAGGAAACGGAUCCUCUUCAGGGUUCUUCCUCGGAUGAUCCAUUGGCGCUCACAUCCGCCGACGAAGUAUCUACUCCGAUCACUAAUACAUAUAACGAAGCUCCCACUAACAUUGAGAUUAUGAAUCAGUCGCACACACAACAUCGAAUUUCGGAGAUCCCUCUGCAAGUUGAAAACACCGAAGUCGACAUGAAGCAAGACGAUGAUGCAAACGGGUCGGAUGACGAUCAGAUGGUGAUUUGCGAAGAUCCUCAGCCUGAAAUAGAUUUAAAGUGCAAGGAUAAAUUAACGGACAGUGAUAAUGAGGUGCAAGAUAACGAGGACGCGGAGAAAAAGUGUUUCAAUCAAUCGCGAUUCUCGCCUGUGAGUGGUCAAAAGAGGGAAGUGAUCAACAUUAAACAGGAAAUAACCUGCAGACCUAAGCCGAUAAAAGCACGGAUACCUUCAACAGGUAUAGAGUCAACAACAAAGUAUCAUCAUACUUCCAUGGAUAAAGGCGGUACUGUAUCAGUUUUGUCGAGUACGUAUCCUUAUCACAGUCCUGUCAAUCCAACAGGAGUGUCAGGGUUCCAACCUACUGGCGGAGCUUUCAUAACUAUGCCAAUAUCGCCAAAAAUUAUUAAACCAGAACCAGUAAAGAGUGAACAACAGUACAGCACUCAGUAUAGCGUGAAUAAUCUUGUAAGCAUCCAUACUGAAAACGGACGGAACGUACCUAAAUUUACAGCAGCUCCGGUAUUACAUACUAUUGGAUCGAAACCAAUGAUGGCAUUGUUGAAACAACAGCCGCCGUUGCAGUCUUUAGGCACUACUCUUCGCCCUCUUACUUCAACUGUCCCUCAUCAACCACCGUUCACUCUAACAUUGCUCGAUAACGAUUUGGUGGCUGUUUCCAAACCGCAGCAGGGAUCGCAGCAGUAUCUUAAUCCAACACCGUCACACUCCAGCAUGUACGGUGGAUUUCAGAUACCUAUCACUGAUGCCGGUAGUCGCAACAACUCUAUACCCGUGCAAAAUUUAGUUUCCAAUAAUAAGAUGGAGAUUCAAAGCGUGAUUGUGAGCAAGUCUUACCCCGUCUCGACAAAUUCCACCACGUCAACUUAUGGCCGAGGGACCGGCCAUUCCAUUGCUCGUCUCGCCGGAUCCGAGAAUAAUGAUAAUCAACAGGCUAUUACGAAUCACGCUCAGUUUUACGUCAGUAACAUAAAAACAGAGGACAAGGAAACCGUAAAUAUUGUUCUUCCCGCGACGAAUGAAAAACAUAAGCAACCGUCGACACCUCACACGCCGCAUACAUCUCAAAGUAAUCACGGAAGUAGUGAACUGCCGUCAAAUAAAUCAUAUACAUUCGACGAAGGCCAAAGCAAUGAUAUGGGGUCAAGUAAAGGCCCGUUCAUGCUUGCUCCAACUCCGGCACAACUCGGUCGAGCACCACUACAAAGGAGACAAUCAAUGGCAAUGCCUUCCGCAUCAACUACAGGAGACCACGGGCCAAUAACAACAUCUCAACAUUGCGACAAUCGACUACAAACUAAUAUAUCUCAAACAACAGAACAGAAUAUAACCGAGUCUCAUACUUCUCCUUCUCCUUCUACCAAGAAAGGCUCCUUUUUUAAGAAAAACGUAGAGGAUGGUAUGGACAGAGUUCUUGAACAAGUGAACUUUCAAGAAAAGUUUUCAUCAUUGCCAGAAUUCAAACCAGAGGAUAUACAGAGUCCGAGUGCGAUCAAUAUGAACAAUCCAGGUUCAUCUGGCCAUAGUAGUGUAGCUUCCGGAUUACAUUCGCAAACAUCUAUGCAGAUGCCAGGUUAUCGAAAGAAAUCUGCACAAUCUGGACCUCAUAGGCCCACAAUGAAUGAGGAUGAAAUCGACUCGGACACAUCGAUAUCAGCUACUCCAAAGUCUACAUCGAGCGUCAAACUAACCGGUAACACAUUUUUCGGUCCGGAUUUCAAUGUUGACGCUUACAGAGCCAACAACGAUUUAUUGGACGUUGAUGCCAGUUCUCCGCGAACGCCAAAAACCCCGGGAGGCGGUGGUGGAAGUACUGUAGGAAUCGGUAGAAGCGACAACGAGCGCGGUCAUAGGAAGACAUUGGAGCAACGGAGGCAUCUGGUCAUGCAGUUGUUUCAGGAACACGGUUACUUUCCAUCCACGCAAGCGACUUCCUCGUUUCAAGCUAAGCAUGCGGAUAUAUUUCCUACUAAGACGAGCUUGCAACUGAAGAUUCGGGAGGUUCGGCAGAAAUUGAAGGCCAAUUCGACACCGAGUGCUAAUAAUCUCGUUAGUCCAUCGCCAAUCUCAGAAUCCUCACCUAUCGUAACUGGUCCAACUGCUCCUCCAACUUCGAUGGGAGCUCCACAUUCACUGCCUGUAAGCAGUAGUAGUGGUAGCUAGCACCCACGUGCCAACUGUGAUACUAUGCAUCCCCUUACUCCGCAACACGAAUACAUUAUUAUCCUUUGAAGAGCUAAAUAUUUACUAGGAAAGUCGUUAGAAUCAUGCAUAUUCUCUUCGGGACUUGUAAAGUACUGCAAAAGGCUUUAGUGCAAUUUUAGAUUUUGAUGAAGCCUGCUGCAGGCUUGAUUUAACGGGCAUACCGAGACGUGAUUGAUAUACAAGUGAUUUUAUAUAUAAUACUGAGGUAUUAUGUGUGUGUACUACUGUUUAUAUAAUUAUUUAUAACUAUUUGUCAAGAUGUCAGUUGUUCUUGAACGAUAAGGAAACGGAAAAAAUUGCAAACGUUCAAUAAUUAAUAGUUUGCAAUAUUUUACGACAAUUUAUGAUUUUGUAUAAAUUUGGCUUUCAAGUCUCUAAAAAUAAUAUUAAUGCAAAAUAUAGACAAUGUACACAUGAACAUGUGUUGAACACUUGUCUGAUCUACGAGACAAGAAUCUUAUUCUUUGAAACGGAGAAAGAUAAUACUGCAUUACAAUAUAAAUCUGGGUAUUGUUUACAAAAAAAAUGAGUAUCAUAAGAAAUAUAUAUGACGUUAUACAUUUUAUUAUAUUUAAAAAUUGCAAUUCGCGUUUCACCGUGAAAUUCUUAAAACUGUGUAAUUGAUAUUUGUAUAUCAACAUGUCUUGCGUGAUUCAAGAAGGGCCUAAGCCAUUGUUAAAUAUUGUUGAAAAUAUAAAAUAAAAAUCAUAAGCUAAAGAGAAACAAGCAGAGUGAGAGAAAGAGAGAGAGACAGAAGAUUGGAACUGGAAACAUUAUGGAACAUAGAAUUAAUGGAACAUUAUAAAAUAAAAUCAGAGUUUAUAUACUUUAGUUAUACUUUACAUAUAUAUAUUUACAUAUAUGUAUGUAUACAUGUAUGUAUAUGUAUAUAUUAUAUAGGUCGAAAAACUCUCUCUAUAGAAUGAAGAAACUAUGAUAAACUGCACAAAAUUUAUGUAAUACAUCAUUCAUCUCAGAGAGAUGUUUAUUUCACGUGUAAAUAUUACAAAAUGAUAUCUUGAGACAGAAAAUAUCUAAACAGUUGUGAAAUAUCUACAAUUCUCUAUCUGAAGAACUGUAAGAGCACUGUAUUCUUGAACCAUGUAUAUUAUAAUACAGGAGAUAAAAAUCGUGCCAUUGUGCGGUGACAAAGCGAAGGGAAUGCAUGCACUAUAAUUCCUUCAGCGAAAGAGAGAAUGAUUGUUAGAUAAAAAUUCUUGAUAUAGAUAAUAUGUAAUAUGUUUCCAACAUUAUUGAAAGUACUUAUACUACUGUUUUUUUAUAGCUUUGCUGAAAUUCAAUGCGUUAAUCCAUAUUUUAUAGGUGUUUUAAAACGGUCUUUUCCUUUUUUUUUUCCUGAAUUUUUUUCUUUUUUUUAUCUUUUUUUAAAUUUUAAUUUCUUUUCUUUUUUGGCCUUAGAUUUAAGCGCUUUUAUAAAGCAGGCCGUAUUUUUUUUUCCUUUUUUUUCGGCCGUGACAAAUACACAUUUUAUUAUUAUUUUUAUUGUAUGCAUCAAGUACUUAACACAUAUACUAUAUGAAGAGAGAAAAUGUACUCGUUAUUGGAAUUGAAAUGUCGAUAUCAAUUUUUAGUAUGACAAUUAUACAAUUAUUAACAGUAGCAAUGUACUAAGAAGAAAUCGUGUGCAUUUUUAUGAAAAUAUAAAUGUUUAUACUGUUUAUAAAUUUGUACAUUACGUUGAAUGGGAUCGUUGGAGUGUUGUUGUAUCAUAUAUAUUUUUUAAUUGAUUUAUAUUCUUUAUUACACGCAAAAAAUAUAGUAUAUCGCGUCAGUUUUAACAUCCUCUUUUAGUGAUCCAACGUUUCCAAUCUUUUUUUAUGUUAAAUCUCAAAGAAUUAUCGUAUCGAAUUUUAGCAAAGAUUGUUGAAUUUGGCUGUAAAAUAGAUUAUGUAAUUAGUGAUAUAAAAAAAAGCGCACCUUGACAGGUCUCGACAAGUCUCGCGCCACGGCACGUAUACUGUAGUUAGGAUAUGAGAUACAUGUCUAUUCUACAUAUUUUGUAAAUAGAAUACAUAUAUAAUGCUAACUUUAUAUAUAAAUAUAUAUAUUUAUCUAUAUAUAAAUUUAGCACGUAUAAAAUGAAAAUGAUAGAGAGAAUAUAUGCUAUUGUAAUUUGUAGAAUUAUAUAUAUAUAUAUAUAAUUAUACACAAAAAAAAGCGCAGGCAGGAUUAAGUUUAGGAUAAUUGCAGAUUAUGGGCCUUUAUCUGUAGUGGACUCUUGUGCUCGGGACGGUCCUCCCACCCUUCUCCAAAGUUAAUCCUUUCCUACAAAGCGUUAGGAUAUAUUAUUGUUUGUAUAUAAUAUAAUUAUAUUAUAAUCCUCUUAUCUCUCGUCUCUUGAUUUAUUAUUUUUUAUCAAACGUUAAGUGCACUAGUAGCAAACAGUAGAAUAGGAAGAGGGAAACUUAAAGCCUGUAUUGAUCCUGUUUGUAAUGUUUUCAUCAAAUUCUGACAUUAUAUAAUUAAUGUCUCUAUUUUGUCAAUGUGUGAGAAUUCUUUUCAGAUUUAUAAUGCAGACCAUUUUAAAACGGUUUUUACGGUUGCGUAGCAAUCAAGGGAUAUUGUAUAAUUGUGAAAAUAUUCUAGAAUUACAUACAUGUGUGUCAUUUAUGUCGCGUGAAAUACGUGCGAAAUCGUUUUUAUUUAAUUCGGCUGAAUUUAAUAAAAUAUUGGUCCAACAUGAGAUUCGCAGAAUCUUUUAAGAGAAAGGGGAUAUUUUAUCAUAAAAUAUUUUAAAUAUGAAUGCUCAAGUGUGCAUGAGCGCGCGCGUGUGUGUGUGUGUGUGUGCGUGUGUGUCUCGCUCUUAUUAUAUAUUUAUAUGAUGCAUGUCUACAAGAUCUGUUCUAUGCAGAAUCUAACAAAUUUGUCAAAUAUACCUAUCUGUCCAUAAUUAUUCGCAAAUUAUUCAAGCGCUUAUCUAUAUACGUUCCAUUCUUCGUGAAGAAAUGGUAAAUGUGUUUGAGACACACAUACACAUCAUUCUUAGUUCUAGAUGAAACAGGAUCUAAACAGGGUUUGAAUAUCUCUCGCACUAGCCCAUUUCAAAGAAUUAAUUAAAAAAAUAUUAUAUUUUGUACUUGCGUAAACUAGCAAACUACUUUCCAGUAUUUAUAAGAUUCUUGAAAAAGCUUUGAUAUAUCUUCUUCCCCCUUUAUUUCACAUGGUGAUGAAAUACGUUCCGUGAUUUAGCAGCCAUGAAUGUGACUGUGAUCUAGAAAAAACAGAAGUAAAGUAAAAGUGGCAGCU